UUCUAAUAAAACAUCUUGUAUAGUCAUAAUAAUAAGAUCAGCAUCGAUCUUAAUCAUCUUCCUCCUAAUCCAAAUCCUCCUCAUCUUUCUCUUAAUACUACUCUUCUAUCAUGGCAAUGAACAAGAACACGUUCUUCACUGUUGCCAUAAUCAUGGCUAUCACUAUAGCUUUGACAACCGCAACUGUCCAUCUAGGAGGAGAGAAACAAGUAGUAGGAGAUCAACAAGGAGAAGGAGCAAGUGGUGCAUCAGAAAAAUAUUCUUUGUCAAGUGGGGACGAAGAAACUGAAUCACUAUCAUCAACUAGUAUCCCGAAAUCCAAACGCAUAAGUCGUUUCCUCAAGGAAGAAGUGAAACCUCGAAACCCAAGAGCCGCAUCAUACUGUAACAAGAAUGAGUAUGUUUGUUUAGCCGAAGGAAGUCCUGGAUCGACUUGUUGUAAUAACAAGUGUGUCGACUUAAUAUCCGACCCUGACAACUGUGGCGCGUGUAAGAGCAAAUGCAAGUUCUACACAGAGACAUGUUGUAACGGGAAGUGUGUGAAUCUAUCCUAUGACAAGAGGCAUUGUGGGAGGUGUAACAACAAUUGCAUGACUGGUGGUUUCUGUUUAUAUGGUAACUGUGACUACGCUUAAGCCUUUGCAAGACUUACAGUCAGGCCGGUCAUGAUGAUGAAUUAGCUUCAAUAUACAAUCAUUCAUGCAUUUUCAAAUCAAUAACAGUCAUAUAGUUAUGAUUGAUCAUAUAUAUAUACACUAUAGUUGAUUAAGCA